GUUUCCGGUGACUGAGGCACGAGGAUUUCGUGUUCCUCGCUAGCGGGAAAAUGCGGCCUUUGACUGAAGAGGAGACCCGUGUAAUGUUCGAGAAGAUCGCCAAAUACAUCGGGGAGAAUCUUCAGCUGCUCGUUGACAGACCCGACGGCACCUACUGUUUCAGGCUGCACAACGACCGGGUGUACUACGUGAGUGAGAAGAUCCUGAAGUUGGCCGCCAACAUUUCUGGGGACAAACUGGUGUCACUGGGGACCUGCUUCGGAAAAUUCACUAAGACCCACAAGUUCCGGUUGCACAUCACAGCUCUAGAUUAUCUUGCGCCCUAUGCCAAGUAUAAAGUAUGGAUAAAAUCUGGAGCAGAGCAGGCCUUUCUAUAUGGGAAUCAUGUAUUGAAAUCUGGUCUUGGUCGAAUUACUGAAAACACCUCUCAGUACCAGGGAGUGGUGGUGUACUCUAUGGCAGACAUCCCUUUGGGUUUUGGGGUGGCAGCAAAGUCUACACAAGACUGCAGGAAAGUAGACCCCAUGGCGAUUGUGGUAUUUCAUCAAGCAGAUAUUGGGGAAUAUGUGCGGCAUGAAGAGACAUUGACUUAA